UAUCAGGGAGAGGCGGGAAAACACAGAGCUCGAGCACAUUCAGCACAAGAGGCGGGAGAUGAAGUGUUUCCAAGAGAGCCAAAGCGCAAACCUGAGCACCACGCGCUGCACUUUCAAACCGACCAGCGCAGCUCGCUAGCUGCUCCCCCCUCCGCCGUCCGCUCCUCUAUCAGACCCACGGGACUUCACUGGUUCAUCCCUAACCGGACAGGCACAGCUCAUCCGACCGGGAGACCGGGCGAACCCAGGAGUAGGGGGACACUGAGGUGGAGGGGGGACAUGCUCGCUCAGCAACCCAGCAGAGUUUCUCCGAGGUGGGCCAAGCUGUGACAGAGGGCCUCUCUCUGGUGAGCCAACCUGCAACCCUGACUGCUCCAGCAGGCCUCACUCCCAGUCCUAACUACUGUGUGUGCCAGGACCAGGCCACCUCCAGCCCAGGCCAGACCACGUCUACCCCAGGCCAGCCCAGAGUGGGUCAGCCCCAGCCCAACCCACCUCUUCCCCAGCCCAGUAGCGGCCCAGGUCCAGGCUCCAGAAGCAUGGCCUUCACCCUGUCAGAGAUCAUGGCUGCGCGGCGGCAGCAGCAGUCCCAGGCCCAGCGGGCAGCAGGCAGGGCAGCUGUGGAGGUGGAUGAAUACAGCACCAACCCCACCCAGGCCUUCACCUUCUACAACAUCAACCAGGGACGCUUCCAGCCCCCACACGUACACAUGGUGGACCCCCUGCCCCAUGACACUCCCAAGCCGCCAGGUUACACCCGUUUUGUGUGUAUCUCAGACACCCACUCCCGUACAGAUGCCAUUCAGAUGCCUUACGGUGACGUGUUCAUCCAUGCUGGAGACUUCACAGAGCUGGGCCUGCCCUCUGAGGUCAAGAAGUUCAACGAUUGGCUAGGCACCUUGCCCUAUGACAUAAAGAUAGUGAUUGCGGGGAACCAUGAGUUGACCUUUGACCAGGAGUUCAUGGCUGACCUGAUCAAGCAGGACUUCUACUACUUCCCAUCAGCCUCCAAGUUGAAACCAGAGAACUAUGAGAACGUCCAGUCCCUGCUCACCAACUGUAUCUACCUGCAGGACUCAGAGGUCACCGUACGCGGCUUCCGCAUCUAUGGCUCCCCCUGGCAGCCAUGGUACUAUGGCUGGGGGUUCAACCUGCCAAGAGGUCAGGCUCUGCUGGACAAGUGGAACCAGAUCCCCGACUCCACCGACAUACUGGUCACACACUGCCCCCCACUGGGGUUCCUGGACUGGGUUCCUAAGAAGAUGCAGCGGGUGGGCUGUAUGGAGCUGCUCAACACUGUCCAGAGGAGAGUACAGCCCAAGCUGCACGUGUUCGGACACAUCCACGAAGGUUAUGGUAUGAUGACUGACGGCACCACCACGUUCGUCAACGCCUCGGCCUGCACCGUCAAUUUCCAGCCCAUGAACCCGCCCAUCGUCUUCGACCUGCCCAAUCCCACCAGGACCACAUGACUAGAGAAGCCCCGCCCUGCUGAGCCCCCCUCCAAUCAGGAGCCUGGUGGUGGGAAGGCAGGUAGGUGAGGAUGAAGGGCAGGUGUGGUGGUGUACUGUAUAUAUUCAAGGCUCUAAUGGAUGGUGUGUGUGUGUGUGUGUGUGUGUGUGUGUGUGUGUGUGUGUGUGUGUGUGUGUGUGUGUGUGUGUGUGUGUGUGUGUGUGUGUGUGUGUGUGUGUGUGUGUGUGUGUGUGUGUGUGUGUGUGUGUGUGUGUGUGUGUGUGUGUAAAUAGACUAAAUAGUCAGGCGCCAUUGCAAAUCCUCACUUAGCAAAUCCAUUCAUGUGGAUUUCAUGAUUUUAUGUACUGUCAUUCAUUUAUUUCAACAAAAGCUCUUACAAACUCUAAAGUAAGGCAAAAGACAGACCCCAGAUGCCUCAUAUGAACAUGUCAGCAUUAGUCUGUAAAUCUUCUGUUGCACCACGACUGCACUGACAAUCUGACCUGGCUGUCAGAUAGAGAAGAGGACAGGGGAACUGUGUCUCCUGUGUCACUGUUUGAACUCAGUCUUUCUCUCAGAAGAAAACCCUGGAUAACUCUCAUUCUCUCUUGUUCCUCAUAGAGGACUCUGUUACGUCACCAGUGGAAGUUGCUCAGUGGUGACGUUUUGACAUUGUGACAUUCAUUCAUUUGAGACCUUCCCUGGGGAGUGAUUGAACAUUUACCAGUAGGGUAUCAGAACAUUAACCCAAUGUCCAUUUUUGACUUUGUGGAGCUGUUUGCCAGCACAGAAAGGAUACCCCUUCCACAGUACUCUGAUAUCACACUUCCUGCACUGCAGAUUAAAACACUGCUUUCCCCUCAUCCCUUUUUCUCUUGAUCCCUCUUUUUCUCUGCACCUCUAGUUUCACUCUCCACCCUCUCUCUCUCUCUCUCUCUCUCUCUCUCUCUCUCUCUCUCUCUCUCUCUCUCUCUCUCUCUCUCUCUCUCUCAGGCCUUGGGCAUGGUGGUUGUGUGUGUGUGUGUGAGAUCAAAGUGUGUGUGAGGGCAGCGGGAGAUCUCUGCCACGGGCUGUGUGUGAGUAUAGGUGUCAAACGUGUUGACACCACUCCCCUGAGUCUCAUUACAACUCUCAGUAAGCCUCUUAACCAGGGAAGAGGGAUCUCUUCUCUUCCUCUCUUCCCUUCUUCUGUUUUUCCCCCUCUGUCCUUCCCCCCCUCCAUCCUUCGUUGCAUGUGUAAUCAGCUCAAUCUCUCUUCUCUGGCUCAUGUGCCAUGAUCCUGACAAGUUUAUUUCCGAGAUCACCGGCCGGGAAGCCUGCAAGAUUUUGAUUCCGAGUACGGAAUACUGGAAAUACGUAAUAACCAACAGAGCAGAUUGGCAAAUGUGUUCGCUCCCGACCCUGUACAGAAGCAGCGGUGUCUGGAAUGUUCUCACUGCUCCAUGGUGUCCUUUCUGUGAGAGAUGUAUCAUGGGAAUGAACGUUGAACUCUUAGUGGAUGACGAUGAGGUGUAGGCCUAAUGUGUACCGUAACUGGUCAAGAAGUCGGAACUGUACAUCUACAUCACCUGUCAUUGUAAAAACAUGUUAGCAAUCAAGGAUUACUUCAAAUGUUGUUAAAUAUGUGUGUGUGUGUUGUUAAAAAAAGAGCCAGUGUAAACAAUGUUUACAUUUUAUUCUAUGUUCAGUUCUUUCUUAUAUAGGCUAAUAAAUGCUUAUUACUGUAUAAAAAUAUCUGCACUAUGUUACACUCUAAAAAAUGCUGGGUUGUUUGGUUGACUCAACUGCUGAGUUGUUUUCUUUAAAAACUGCAGAGUUAUUGAUGCUGGGUUAUUGAUGCUGGGUUAUUGGUGCAGGUUUAAUGAUGCUGGGUUAUUGAUGCUGGGUUCUCGAGAUAUGACCCAGCAGGUCAGGUCAGAAGACUGGGGGUGUAGUUUAGUAGGGGCAUGGCUUUCAGAUAGUUAUUUUUAACCACCCAUGCGAGUAAAUGUCAUUCGUAUUCAUCUGUUCUGUUGCAUAGUUAUGACAUAUUAAGGUCAAACAUUUAACAUUUUGUAGCUUCAACGACACUUACAGAAGUGUAUAAGUUCCCUAAAACCUACUUAAAUCCCAUUGUUGGGACACAAUAAGGUGGUAUACCUUAUUAGGCAGUAAGAUGGUAUACCUUAUAAUAAAUAAUCUUAACAUUACAAAAGAAUGUGUGAAAAACAUGUUAUUGACAUUUAGAAUUUGCAGUAUGUAUGUUUAAAAUGAUGUACAGGAAUGACAUUUACUCUCACGGGUGGCCAAUAAGAUCUAGCUGAAAACCACGCCCCUAAUAAACCACGCCUCCUGAAAAUAACCUAAGGGUUACGUUAAAAAAGUCCCAGAUGCUAGGUCAACCCAGCAUGAGAGUAGAAAAUACCCAACUGAUGGUUAUAUUAACCCAUGUUUGUGUAAUCCCAACAACCCAACAUGUUGGGUCAUUCAUGCAACCCAACUGGCUUUGCCAAAAUAACCCAACAUGUGUUCUGGCCACUAUUUAAACAGCUCUAAAUUAAAAAUCUAUUUUUUGGGUGCACGGGGUCACCCACAACCUGUGUAGCUAUUAUUAACUCUUUCAUGUUGUCAAGCAGUUGUCUGCGUAAAAAGGGUUAAUUUUUUAUCUUUCUGAUGCACUUGUGAUGGGGCGUCCUUCCUCUGCUCGUCUGGCAGCCAGUUUUUGGUUGGCUAGCUGAGCUCAAAGUGUGGUUAGCAUAACAAGACGACAUCCCUGUUUGAUCUCUCUGCCCUCAGACAUUAUAUAUGAACAUCCCCUCUGGCUACGUUUUAUUCACAGGGUCACUGGUGUUUCACUGCUGUUCUGCACAUUGUGCUAGCUGGGUUAUGUCUUAAUGGGGCAGACUAGUGGGCUGUUGUAGGAAUACAAAGACUAGGAUAGAAUGUUUACAGAUAAGUGUGUGUGAAUACUGUAUGUGUGUGUGUAUGUGUGCGUAUACCUGUGUGCGUGUGGAUAGGGCCAGGAGGUAAGCAUUCUGAGAACAUGCUUAAACGAGGGGGGGAGUCAGUGUCUGUAACAUUUUCUUUUAAAGGUUUCUGUAGGGGGAAAUGCCUGUUUGUUUUGGGGCAUUUCUUACUAUUCUCUGUCAACCAUAACUUUGAAAUGUCUCACUUUUUAUGCACUAUUCCUCGAUAGCUGUAUUCUGUAUUUCCUGUUUUCUUUGAAAACUCAAGUUAUGCUGUUGUAUUUCUUGUUCGUUCCUUGGGGCAUGCUGUUCUGAAUCUAACUUCUGAUGACAAUCUGCUUGAAUUGUAUAUCGUUGUUACCAUUGUUUGGGAUAUACUAACUAUUGGGAUUUUUUUAUUGCUUUAAUGAUGUACAAUAUUUUUUAAUGUGAAAAGAAGAAAAAUCCAACCAUUUUAGAAUGGUAUUGUAUAAUGUGUUGCCCCUGGAGACAACUCUGUAAAUGUAAAAUACCUUUCUUAAAACUACCUGCUUCUGGUUUUCUGAGAGAUUAUCUACACAAAUUGAAUUAAACCUUAUC